AUGAAGAUUUCUCUUCUGCAGCAGAUGUACAAGGAUGUAGUGGUAGGCAUUCCACUAGCAAAGGAAAGCCAUCAUUAUACCUCUUUACUUAAUCUGUGUGUUGAGCAGUCACCAGAAAGAGAGGAGUCCUGUUAUCAGGUGCAACUGCCAUCUACUAAUGGUGGUGUUAGGAGCCAUCAGGACACUGCUGUGUCGGAUACGGUUGUCUCUACAACAGAUGAUGUAUCAAAUAGCUUGGCAAACCUGAACUCAUUCUGUCCACGAGAAAUGAUGCUGCUUCAGUUAACCUUGAUCAAGAUGAUGGUUGCUAAAGCAGAGUCCCAGGAAAUUGAAUUCAGUACAAGACAGAAGUACUGUGAAAUCUUUCUCCUUCUUCUGAAGGAGGCAAAAAUUGACUCAAAAAUGAUUCACCUGCUCGGUAGUGAUGAUCAGCUGUUAUCUCACAUGGCUUCAAAAAGUUUAGCAUCUCUUGUGUAUUUCCAGCUGAAGGAAGAGAACACAUUAAACGGUGCCUGGCUCACCUUUAGUUUGAAGACCCUUUUAGGAUUCCCUGUGGAUACCCGGAUAGCAGAAUGUCUGUGGACUCUUACAGCUGUUAUCCAGAACAUACUGACAGAUGAGGUUUUACCCAAAGCAGGUAUUUUGAAGAAGCUGUUGGCUGCUCUUGAUGCUGUGCUUGAAGGAUUUUAUAAUUCCAUUCUGUUCCAUCAUUUUGACAGUCAUCACUACACUUCACCUUAUUCUGAAGCUGCAAACAAUUUGAUUGGUUUUAUAGAUCUGCUUGAAGUACUUUUGGCUUCUCGAAUUGAAGUAGACCUACCCCUCAGAUGCCAGAGAGUAUUGUUUUUGAAAGUUUCUUAUGUCCUGAACCUCAUAAGCUCAUCAGUCCACUAUUUAAUCAAGAAGAAGUUCAUAAUGCUCCUUAAAAAAUGUGUCCUUUACAAAUCUAGAGAAGAUGCUAAAAGUGGAUCACACUUCUUAAAAAACCCUACUUUGUAUGAGGAUAUGCUGGCACUGAGUAAUGCUGUUCUGCAAGAUGCAAAUUUGACUUGGCUUAAUCAGAUCCCACUUGCUGGAAAGGCCAGCUACUUUGGAAGCAGUGAAGUUCCUCCUGGAGAUGAUACUCAAGGUGGUUCUGACCAAACUGUUCUCAGAGCCUUAAGUUUGGUUGUGCUUAAGGCACUGGAAUUCAAGUUUCAGAACUCCGCUACAGAAGCUGAAAUCAAAGGAGACUUUCAGAGUGCCAUGUCCCAGCUGUUGGUAUUCUGGAAGAGUCAUCUGAAGUCUUCCCCACAAUCUCACCCGAUUGUGCACCACUGUGAAUGGCUCUCCUUGAUUUUCAUAGAGCAAGAUGACGAUAUGUGGGAAGCGGCUAAAGCUUUAUUACUCAUUUAUUUAAAAUUUGAUAGGUUACGGCAUGAUGCUGCUGAUAGCUUAAGCCAAAAAGAGGAGGAAACCUGGAACUUCCUGACGCAUGCAAGUGGAUAUAAUCCUCACUGUAUCUUUUUAUUUUUUCUAGAGAAAAUUGCAUUUGAUUCCACAGUACUUCUAGACUUUUUGAUUUCAUCAGAAACUUGCUUUCUGGAGUACUUGGUUAGGUACUUAAAGCUUCUCAAGGAGGACUGGCAUCAGUUUGUAGAUGUCUGUAACCGUUUUGGUGCCGAACAUUGUACUUUUCAAUCAACGUCUUCUGCCGAUCCACCCCAUCAAGAAAAACAAAGCUGUAUGACUGAGGAGAGUUUGCACAAUGCUUCUUGUGAACCAGAACCACAGACUCUGAUAUCUUUGGCGGCUUCUCACAAUUACUUUGUGUUUACAACAGAGCAAGGUGAUAAUGAAGUUGCAGAGUCCAACCAGUCUGCCUCGUCGAUACGCACUGAUGGUGCAUCUCUGCCGGGUUCUCUUCAAAGCCUUGUUAAUUAUGACAGCUCAGAAGACUCCGAAUUAGAAUCAGAUGGAAAAGAGUGUUUGGUAAACACAAAGCAGGUGCUUUUAAAUAAUGAGGGUGAGAGGCGGAUACAGGAAACAAGUUGCAGCUACACAGAUGAUAAACAGAAUACACUCAAGUCUGAAGUGGUGCCUCUGAAACAGGAGGGAUCUGAUACCUCAUCCUGUUUGACUUGUGUGGCAUGUUCAGAUGAUAUUGUUCCCCUAAGCAUAAUGCUUUACAAAUCAAGAAAGUGUCUGGAAGAACUGCAAAAAGCUAUUUCUAGGUUGCAGAGAAGAAAUCUUUUCCCAUAUAAUCCAUCUGCCUUGUUGAAACUACUGAGCCACGUUGAGAAGAUCAGUAAGAACGUGAAUCCACAGUAA